GCUCAACUGCCCCUGCUUCUGCUCUUGAUUAUCAAUCGUAUUACCCCGAUUAUUCGUCUCUACUCGGUGUUAUCUGGGAGCUAGGUGUACAGGACGGAGAAUCUGUUUACCUGGACCGGUACUGAAACCCCCUCCUCUUCACUGGUCAGGACUAUCCAACACUCACAGUGACCAUGGCCACCAACGGGACCAAAGCCUCGGACGGACAUGUCUUAACGGAGACGGUGAAUGACGCGCCCACCACCACGCCAAACGACAAACCCAAAACCUUGGUGGUGAAAGUGCAGAAGACGAAAAAUGAGAUACCCGAGAGAGAGACCUGGGGUGGGAAAUUUGACUUUCUUCUCUCUUGUGUCGGAUACGCAAUCGGACUCGGAAAUGUGUGGAGAUUUCCUUAUUUAUGUGGAAAGAACGGAGGAGGGGCCUUCUUGAUUCCUUACUUUUUGACCCUCAUAUUUGCUGGAAUGCCACUGUUCUUUCUGGAGACGGCUCUUGGUCAGUACACUUCUAUUGGAGGGCUUGGAGUGUGGAAGCUGGCCCCCAUGUUCAAAGGUGUGGGUCUGGCUGCUGCUGUUUUAUCCUUCUGGCUAAACAUCUAUUAUAUUGUAAUCAUUUCCUGGGCUAUUUACUAUCUGUACAACUCCUUCACUACUGAUCUGCCAUGGCAGAGCUGUGGCAAUUCCUGGAACACAGACCGCUGCUACACCAACUACAGCAUUGCGGACAACAGAAACCUCACCAGCGCAGUGGUGGAGUUCUGGGAACGUAACAUGCACCAGAUGACCGAUGGUCUGGAGAAGCCUGGGGAGGUCAGGAUCCCACUGGCUAUUACACUCGCCAUUGCAUGGGUGCUUGUCUAUUUCUGUAUCUGGAAGGGGGUCAGCUGGACUGGCAAAGUGGUGUACUUCUCAGCCACAUACCCUUACUUUAUGCUGUUCAUCCUGUUUUGUCGUGGUAUCUCUCUACCUGGUGCAAUUGAUGGGAUCCUCUUCUAUAUCACACCAGACUUUGCCAAACUUAAGGAGUCUGAGGUGUGGCUGGAUGCUGCCACUCAGAUCUUCUUUUCCUAUGGGCUGGGAUUAGGCUCUCUGAUAGCUCUUGGCAGCUACAAUACCUUCAAUAACAAUGUGUACAGAGAUUCUGUCAUUGUCUGUUGCAUCAACUCCUUCACUAGCAUGUUCGCUGGCUUUGUCAUCUUCUCUAUUGUGGGAUUUAUGGCCAAUGUAACAAAGAGACCCAUCGCUGAUGUGGCAGCCUCAGGACCUGGCCUGGCAUUUUUGGCUUAUCCUGAGGCCGUCACCCAGCUGCCAAUUUCUCCUCUCUGGGCCAUACUCUUUUUCUCCAUGCUGCUGAUGCUGGGAAUUGACAGCCAGUUCUGCACUGUGGAAGGUUUCAUCACUGCACUGGUUGAUGAAUUCCCUCAAGUUCUCCGAAACCGCAGAGAGAUCUUCAUCGCUGUCGUCUGCCUUGUUUCUUACAUCAUUGGACUUUCCAACAUCACACAGGGUGGACUGUAUGUGUUCAAGCUAUUCGACUACUAUUCAGCUAGUGGAAUGUGCCUGCUCUUCCUGGUCUUCUUUGAGUGCAUCUCUAUUUCCUGGUUUUAUGGUGCAAACAAAUUCUAUGACAACAUUGAGGAAAUGGUUGGCUACAGGCCCUGUCUGUGGUGGAAGGCCUGCUGGGUCGUUUUCACUCCGCUCAUUGUGGCUGGAGUCUUCUUGUUCAGUGCAGUGCAGAUGGUUCCCCUCACCAUGGGUGACUAUGUGUUCCCAGCCUGGGGCCAAGGGGUUGGCUGGUGCAUGGCCCUCUCCUCCAUGACCCUCAUCCCAGGCUACAUGGGCUACAUGUUCCUCACACUCAAAGGCACAUAUAAAGAGCGUCUGCGGAUGAUGAUCAAGCCUGUCGUACUGGUGAAGGCUCAGGAAAAUGGCCCUGACCAGCAGACAGAAAACCAGAGUCAGAACCCUGCCAACGAGGAAGCUUACAUCUAGAAACUUCUGCCUGUCUCUGACUCGACGGCCAGACUGGCAAUCUACAUAGAAGGAAACGUAAUCAAGGUUGGGAACGACCACCAGACUUCCAUGUCUGCUUUUAUUCACCUACCUCCUGGGGACACGUGAGACCAACCUGAUUACACAGUUAUUUUUAGGGGUUUUUCUGUUUUGUUUAUUUGUAUAAUACAGAGUUAUAAAACUUAUGAGGAAAAACAAACUACCCAGCAAAAUUGUUGUGAUAUCAUGGAUUUCAUUAUGCAAAAAAGUUAGUCUUCUUAGAAAAGCAAAUGUGACUUAGGAAAUUACUGUAUAUUGAAUAUAUAAUUUAAAUUUGGAGGCCCACGUUGAUUCAAUAGUAUUGUGCUACUGAAGAUAUUAAUUAUUCUACUAAACUACAAUUACUGUACAAAGAAAAAAUAUUGGUUAAUUUUGCUUGUACAUGAAAUAAAUACAUUAAAAUGAAUGCAGUGUAUUAGGUGAAAAAAAUGCAAUUUGAAAGUUUGUAAAGUGAAAAUUGAAUAUUUUCCAAUUUAAGGCAACGACAAUAUGGGGAUGUGCAACAGGUAAGGCCAAAUCUGCUUGUAUGUGUACAAUAUAAUUUAGACAGACUAUCACUCCCUUGGAGGAUCCUGCAGUUCCUCUAUGAUGUUUACCACCCAUGUCUGGGGCUACCUUUGAAAAGCACAAGCACAGUAUGGAAUUUUGAACCGUCACACUUUUUUUUGGCUCAAUUGAAAAUUGUGACAACAGCAAAAAUAACUUACAUAGGAUACAUAGCAAGAGACUGUUAUAAUUGUUUCUUUGUUUUCUAAAGAACAAUAACUUUGUAUGUUGUCUGAAUCUUUUUUGUAGAAUCAUUUUUAGGUCAUUUUCUAUAUGUGAGAGUGAGAAGGACCAAAAUCUAAACUCAAGUUUGAAAGAUUGGUACAGAAUUUUAACCCGCUGGCUGUAUAUGGAUUAACUCAAGCAUCCCUUUUUGUCUCUCUAAAGAGAAACUGGGUACAGUAGUGGAGACAACAUCCGCCUACAAGCACAAUUUGGAUCUGUAAACUACCACCUCUAAAAAUGUAGGUCUAACCAAUACAGAAAUCCCACAUUUGCACUGUGUGUACAAUAUUUCUGCCUGACAUUAUUUGGAAAAUGUAGAUUUUGACAACCAGUUAAGUGUAAAGACAGAGUUGGGUUGCAAUACGCCAAUGCUAAUUCUGAUCUAUAUUUGAAACUGUGAGAAUGAAUAGUUACCACUAUUCUGACUGGAGCCGUUUACUUGUAUAUCUAUUUAGUAACCCACUUCUCAGGAACAAAGGUGGACGUGACCAAAUUCUCUCAGAUACUACCAUUAUACACUGAAACAAUUAAUGAUGUAUUUUUUAAAAAAUCAGCCAUUUUCUCAAUUCAAUUAAUCCAACAUGCUACCUUAAACAGCAACAAAACAUGAACACACAAAUCAGUAUAAAGACUACAUAUACGUACUCGGGCACCCUCGAAAGCUGAUCCAAAUUGUUUCCUAUUUUCUAUGUGCUAUUCAGUUUCAAUAAUUUCUUUCAGUGUAAAUGAACUGUGAUGGCGUUCACUCAGUCAUUUUAGUAGGAGCCAUAGUGUGUUUCUAUCCUGUGGCGAGUGCAGAUUUCAGAUAGCAGACUAGGAGAGAGAAACUUUGGCUUAGUCAGAGAACAAAGCCAGAAAAAGCACUGUUUAUACACGAGGAUAUAGCCAGAUGCUAUAUAGGCCAACACCACUAAAACUACUCCUUUUCAUAGAGUAAAAAAAACCUAUUAUUACAUAUCAAGUUUGCUUGGCAAUAUCAAAAACAUAUGUAGAAGCUGACUUUGUGACAGACCACUGACAUCACUGUAUUACUAUGAAAGAGGAUAAAGAAAAUGUGCUUCUGUGGCAGCUACAUGCGACAGGAAUCAGGCCCGUUUAUUUUCUUUUACUUAAAUAUAUUUUUUUUAAAGAUAUGUGCAUUAAAACGUGCAAUGACAAAGGGUUCCGUAAAUUUUGUAUAAAGUUACCAUACUGCAGUUUUCUCUCUUGAAUGAUGUUGUAAACUGGACUGUGUAAUACAUGUGUCUGUGAAUGUCUGUACAACCUGAGUUUUUCUUUUCUUUUGUCUAAAUGUUGAACAAAAAAAAGUGAUAUUAUUUGCUGUUUUCUGCAAUAAUAUUAUUAUCUCAGAAACUAAAGCACAUAUCUCUCUCAACUGUAAAAAUUAUCAUUACAAUAACAGAAUAGAGUAAUAAUAAAGAUGAUAUGAUGAUAAUAAUAAUAAUAAUAAUAAUAAUGUAAUAGAGAUGUCUAGUCAGAGAAUAUUGUUUUGUAUAUUUCUAGCUGUUUCAUGGGCC